AUGGCCCAGUCAGCGGACGAUAUGUCGCUGCAGAUGGUAUCAACUGUCAGUAAUUCAUCUUUGUUUCAGCCAGGCUUCUCACUCCUGAAUUUCGAUGGGCAUGUUUUCUUAUUUGGGCAGAAAGGAUGGCCAAAGAGAUCCUGUCCCACUGGUGUUUUCCUCCUUGAUGUAAAGGAAGACGAGCUCAAAAUGAAACCUGCUUUCUUCUCCAAAGACUCCUGUUACCUCCCCCCUCUCCGCUACCCUGCUCUUUGCACACUCAGAAGCAGUGUGGAGGCGGAUGAGUACCAGUAUAUCAUCCAUGGUGGGAAAACGCCUAACAAUGACCUUUCUGAUAAGAUUUACGUGAUGACUUUGGUAAGCAGAAAUAGCAAGAAAACCAUGUUCCAGUGCGUUGAGAAAGACCUGAGUGGAGAUGUCCCUGAAGCUAGAUAUGGGCAUACAAUUAACGUAGUUCAUAGCCAGGGAAAAAGCAUGAGCGUUAUAUUCGGAGGGAGAUCAUAUACUCCUCUUUCACAAAGAACCACUGAAAAAUGGAACAGCGUAGUUGACUGUUUGCCAUCUGUGUUUCUCGUUGAUUUGGAGUUUGGGUGCUGUACAUCAUACAUAGUUCCGGAACUUCAAGAUGGACUUGCUUUCCACGUUUCAGUCGCCAGAAAUGAUACUAUCUACAUUUUGGGAGGCCAUUCGCUUCAGAAUAACACCAGAUCCCCCAGCUUGUACAAGCUAAAAAUUGAUCUUCCGCUGGGCAGCCCAGCCGUGACCUGCACUGUCUUGCCAGGGGGAAUACCUGUGUCGAGCGCUAUAGUGACUCAAACGAGUGAUACCGAAUUCGUCCUUCUCGGGGGCUACCAGUCUGACAGCCAGAAGCGAUUGGUGUGUAACACCAUAGUACUGGAAGACAGUAAGAUAGAGAUUGUUGAGAGGGCGAGCCCGGACUGGACGGCAGAUAUUAAACACUGCAGGAUCUGGUUUGGCUGUGAUAUGGGCAAAGGGUCUGUAUUGCUGGGCAUUCCAGGGGCCAACAAACAGUUGGUGUCAGAUGCAAACUACUUCUACAUUUUGAGAUGUAAGGGAGCAGAAGAGGACAAGGAGGAAGAACAGACAGCACAAAUUUGCAGUCAGACAUCGAGUGAAGACCCUGGAGACUCCACUCCAUUUGAAGAUUCAGAGGAGUUUUGUUUUAGUGCUGAAGCCAGUAGCUUUUCUGUUGAUGAUACUGACACUUACAACGAAGAUGAUGAAGAAGAUGAAUCAGAAACGGGCUAUUGGAUCACCUGCUCUGCCAGGUGCAGUCUUGACAUUAACACCUGGGUCCCUUUCUAUUCAACAGAACUCAACAAGCCUGCAAUGAUCCUGUGUUCCAGUGGGGGUGGCCACUGGGUCCACGCGCAAUGUAUGGAUCUCUCAGAGAGCAUGCUCCUACGCCUCUCAGAAGCAAAUGUCAAGUACUUCUGCAACGAGCACGUUGACCUUAAUAAAGGCCUACAAACUCCCAAAAAAGUGAUGCCCCUGAAAAAGCAACCCAUGAAACCACUGCGCAGAAAGAAAACCAUGAGGUUAACAACGCCGGCAAAGAAGUCCUUUCUUCGGAGACUGUUUGACUAG